AUGAAUUCUAUAGGUCCAGAAUAGGAUAAGCCAAUUUUAAGAAUGUUUUUAGCAGGAGUUGCAUCUAUAGCAGCAGGUGGUUCAACUCAUCCAGUUGAUACAGUUAAAGUAAGAUUGUAAAAGGAAGGUGAAGGAAAAUCAGUAGUUAAAAAGUAUAGGAAUAUCUUAAGAGGAUCAUAUGUAAUAUAUAAAGAAGAAGGAUUACGUGCUUUAUAUAAAGGAUUAUCAGCAUCAUUAGGUAGAGAAGCAACUUAUUCUACAUUAAGACUUGGAUUGUAUGAACCAUUCAAACAUAUGAUAUCAAAUGAUGGAGAAAAGACAUCAUUAGGUGUUAAAUUUUUUGCAGGUCUAAUGUCUGGAUCAACAGGAGCUAUUGUUGCCAAUCCAUGUGAUGUGUAAUUAUUAUUAAUAAUUGUUAUCAGUUUAAAAAUUAGAUUGCAAUCUAUUUCUGGCCAUCAUUAAUCAUUAUUAGCUGAAAUUACAUAAAUUAUACAUCAUGAGGGAAUUCUAGGUUUGUAUAAAGGAACUAUGCCAAAUUUAUUAAGAGGAGCUAUUCUUACUGGUACAAAGAUGGCUACAUAUGAUUAAACUAAAUAAUGGUUAAAAGAACAUUUUUAAUUUAAAGAAGGAUUUACUCUAUAAUUUGUUUGUUCUUUUGCAACAGGUACAUAAAAUUCAUUUUAUUUAGGAUUGA